AUGAGCCUCUCUUCCCUCUCCCCGACAACGUGGAACACGCUCGGUCUCGGCGUGGCAUCGAGCUGGGUCGUUCUCAGCUCCCUCGCCACCUUUUCCCCUCAUCGCACAGCUGCGCUCUUUGGCAUCACAGCCUUGAGCGACUCCCAAACGGCAGACCACGAGAGCACCCUCGGCUUCUCGGGCCUGCUUGGGUCGCGAGACUUGGCCAUCGGCCUUGCCAUGUACUACCUUGCCAAGAAGGGCCGCAACGACGAGUUGGGCACCUUGAUUCUCAGCACCCUGUGCAUUUGCGCUGCCGACAUUGGGCUCGUUUUGAGGAGGAAGUCGUAUGGAGAGUUGUCUGUUCUGGCUGCUGGCACGGCCGUGUAUGCUGUCAUCGGGCUGGGGCUUCGCGGUUUGUUCAACUAA